AUGCCAGCAUAUGUUUCAAACAUCUCCAAUAAGAGUGGCUCGAACUAUGAUGCCAUGGAAAGGGACUUCACCAGGUAUCUUCUUAAAACACAGUUCGACUGUCGACACAGGGUAAGAGCUGGCAGGAGUGAAUUUGAAGAUGGCGGCUGGGAGGUUUGCUUGGAUCUCCCCUUCAAUAUGGUUCGUGGGAAAUGUUUGGUCUACUCGUUCGGUAUCAACAAUGAAUGGUCGUUUGACGAUUACAUGGACAAAACGUUGGGGUGCACUGUCCACGCGUUCGAUCCUAGUAUGGCUGAGAAGACAGACUUUUCUCGAUCAAGAAACAUCAGAUUUCAUCCUAUAGGAAUUGGAGGCAAAAACAGCCUCGUGCUUAAAAAAGGACAGAAAGCAAAGUGGCCAUUGGCUACUCUCGGCACCAUAUUGAAGUUAUAUGGACAUGAAAAUAAAACAUUAGAUUAUUUGAAAAUUGAUGUCGAGGGAGCCGAAUGGGACAGUUUACCCACAAUGUACCGUGAGGGCGUCUUGGCACGUGUCAAGCAACUUGGGAUCGAAGUCCACUGGCUUCCGAAAGAAAAAGACUUAAAAACAGUAUUGGAACUUCACAAGUUAGGUUUCAGAAUUUAUUACGGAAGACGAAACUACUACUCGCGAAAAAAAUCGGAUGUUACUGGUAGGACUAUCAAUGACUGUAUUGAAGUUCAUUUUGUUAAUAUUAAUUUCAUAGAUUAA